GUCCAUAAUGAAUUUUCAAGAACAAUCAAAUAUCAUCAGUGGAGAUUACUUUUUGUAAACUUUCUUUCUAAUCAAUAACCUUUAUAAUCAAUAAAUAUUUUAAUACAGUACAAUUUAUCAAUAGUCAAUUAGUGAAUUCUUUGGUGGAUUGUGCUCCAAAAGUAGAGUAUAAAGAAGAAAAUACUAAAAUUUGUGGGGAUUAAAAUACUGAUAGAAAAAUACAGAAGCCAUACUAGGUAAUUAAAAAUUAACCAGUUGCAAGAAAAAACUUAGAAAUACUUAACAAAACACAUACUCGUUCAGAUGAUGAGGAUAGUUCAUCAAGAGUGAAUGGUAUCAACAAAUAAUGAUAAUUUGAUAGGUCAUUGGAGUAAACAUGAACAUUAAUUAUAUCUGUAAUUUGUCAAUGACCAUGAAGCUAUCCUACGAUCUAAAUAUGAUAAGAAAUCAAAGAAAAUCUUUAAAUUGAUGAGCCAAUGUAUAUUAACAAGAACAGCCACUUAAUGCAGAUCGCAUCACUAAAAGUUUAAUCCUCUAUAAAAAGGCAAAAGAAAAGCUAGAAACCUUGUACGGGCAAUACCAUGUGUGAUUUCUUAAGAAAAUUGA